AUGCCAGUCAGCGGCAUCGGGGAGUACAGCCUCGGUACAAGUGCGUCAUGGGACGAGUAUGUGGAACGACUUGAAAUGUACUGCGAAGCCAACAAGCUUUCGAAGGAUGAAGAAAAGCGCGCUGUUUUACUCAGCUCCUGUGGAGAAGAAACGUACAGUCUCAUCGUGACGCUGGUCAAACCCGAAAGGCCAACUGCUGCAGCUUACGAGAAGAUCAAGAAAGCGGUCCGAGAACACAUGCAUCCGAAGCCGUCAGUGCUGUACGGUAGAUUUUUAUUUUACAAGCGUAACCAAGCGCAAGGCGAAAGCGUCGCAGAUUACGUGACAGCGCUGAGAAGACUGGCUGAAAACUGUGGCUUCGGAGACGACACGCUUCCUAUGGACGAGAUGAUGCGAGACCGUUUCGUCUUCGGCAUCAGCAACGAGGCUGUGCAGCAACGCCUACUGGCAGAAAGGGACCUGACAUUCACUGUGGCGUACGACAUGGCCGUGACAGCGGAAGCAACCCAACGGCAGCAACGAGAAAUCAGGACACAGAGCCUCAGCGACGCGAACGGCAUAGGCGACGCGGCCGUCCACGAAACGCGCCCAAAGGAGCCAGCUGCGUCCAGAGAUGGCGUCUGUUACCGCUGCAACGGAGCCAAGUCUGAGAGUGCUACUCAUGCAGCAACAGUAGACUUGACCACCUAUCACUGUUUUUUCAUUUUGCUGAGCACACCUAGACCCCUGUAG